AUGGAUUUCGUCAAAAAGGCCGCCGAGGGCAUCAAGGGCUCCUCCUCGAACAAGGACCAGCAGGCCCAGGCCCAGGGCGGCGACGGCCAAAAGGAAGACUACGUCGACAAGGCGUUCGCGUUUGGCGCCUCCAAGACCGGCCACAGCCUCAGCCGCGAGCAGCAGGAGAAGAUUACCGACGGCGGCCGCAGCGCCUACGAAAAGGCCACCGGAAACAAGGUCGACCCCAAAAUCUCCAACUAG